CGCUCGGUGUCUCAUUCCACCACGGUCACCGGCAGAGGCUCCGCCACCGCUCACACUAACCAUUUCAUCUGGAAACUUGAAACGGAAUUUAUAUAUUUAUAACCAGCAUCGUUUUAUUUAUUUAAAGUAACCGUCUAGAUAAACGUCACAGGUAACCGUCGCCUCAAGGUCGUAAUUUGUACUGAAAAAAGGAAGUUAACGUAACAGCAGAGCCGGUCGAGCUAACAAAGAAAAUCCUUUCUCUUCAGAAAUAAUCCCCCAUUACUCUCUUUAGUUAUGAGUCAUGUGGUCGUUGAUAAUCCACACGGUCUAGAUCAGCAGCUUGCUGCCCUAGACUUGAACUCUGCUGACGGACAAGGCGGAGGAACUGGCAGGCGUUACAUUCCACCUCACUUGAGAAACAAAGAUGCAUCUAAAAACGCAGGAAAUGCUUAUUCCGCUGGUAGACAGUGCGGUUAUUCAGUGGCACCAGUAAAUCUCUACUCACCUGGAUGGGACGGAGGACGCAGCAAUGGAUUUGUGAAUGGUUACCACGACAACCGCACAAAUGGGGGCUUCGGAGGGCGAGGACCCCCUCGCAAUGAUAGAGGUGGGCGUGGCGCCUACCGUGGUAACAGGGGUGGAGGCUCGUUUAAUCAACCAUUACAAAAUGCAGGUUUUGGCGGUGACGGCAACUGGGGAGGAGCUCCUCGGGAUGCUGCAUACAACAGCUUCGGCGGGCGUAACGAUAGGUCAAAGUCAGCCUUCUUCAAUGACCGCGGGGCGGGCUCAAGGGGAAGAUACGAGCGCGGGGGCUUCGCUGGUGGCGGAAACAGCCGCUGGGUGGACGACUCCAGAGAAGAAGACUGGUCCAAGCCAACUGCUCCCAAUGAGCGCCUGGAACAUGAGCUUUUCUCUGCAAGCAACACUGGGAUAAACUUUGAGAAAUAUGAUGAUAUUCCCGUGGAGGCCACUGGAAGCAACUGCCCUCCCCACAUUGAGAGUUUCCACGAUGUGGACAUGGGGGAGAUUAUUAUGGGGAACAUCAACCUGAGUCGCUACACUCGCCCGACCCCGGUUCAGAAGCACGCGAUCCCCAUCAUCAAGUCCAAGAGAGACCUGAUGGCUUGUGCCCAGACUGGCUCUGGAAAGACUGCUGCUUUCCUGCUGCCAGUGCUGAGUCAGAUCUACAGCGACGGGCCCGGAGACGCUCUGCAGGCCGCCAAGAACAGCGGACAGGAGAAUGGAAGGUAUGGCCGCCGUAAGCAGUACCCAAUCUCCCUCGUCCUCGCUCCCACCAGAGAGCUGGCUCUGCAGAUCUACGACGAGGCGAGAAAGUUUGCCUAUCGCUCGCGUGUGCGUCCCUGCGUGGUGUACGGCGGCGCUGAUAUUGGUCAGCAGAUCAGGGAGUUGGAGAGAGGCUGUCACCUGCUGGUGGCCACACCUGGACGUCUGGUCGACAUGAUGGAGAGGGGCAAGAUCGGCCUGGACUACUGCAACUUCUUGGUCCUGGAUGAGGCUGACCGCAUGUUGGACAUGGGUUUUGAGCCUCAGAUCAGACGCAUUGUGGAGCAGGACACAAUGCCGCCUAAAGGCAUCCGCCAGACCAUGAUGUUCAGCGCCACCUUCCCCAAGGAGAUCCAGAUCCUCGCUCGGGACUUCCUGGAGGACUACAUUUUCCUGGCAGUGGGCCGCGUUGGUUCCACUUCAGAAAACAUCACCCAGAAGGUGGUCUGGGUAGAGGAGACCGACAAGAGGUCCUUCCUUCUUGACCUGCUCAACGCAACAGGCAAAGACUCGUUAACUCUGGUGUUUGUGGAAACCAAGAAAGGAGCAGACGCUCUGGAGGACUUCCUUUACCACGAGGGCUACGCCUGCACCAGCAUCCACGGAGACCGAUCCCAGAGGGACAGAGAGGAAGCUCUGCAUCAGUUCCGCUCUGGACGCUGCCCCAUCUUAGUGGCUACAGCUGUGGCUGCCAGAGGUCUGGACAUCAGCAACGUGAAGCACGUCAUUAACUUUGAUUUGCCCAGUGACAUUGAGGAAUACGUUCACCGUAUUGGCCGUACGGGACGUGUGGGCAACCUUGGUCUGGCCACGUCGUUCUUUAACGACAAAAACAGCAACAUAACCAAAGAUUUGCUGGACAUUUUGGUGGAGGCCAAGCAGGAGGUUCCCUCCUGGCUUGAGAGCCUGGCCUACGAGCACCAGCACAAGAGCAGCAGCCGCGGACGCAAGAGGUUCUCUGGCGGGUUCGGAGCUAGAGAUUACCGUCAGACGUCUGGCGGCCCUGGAAACUUCAGUAGCAACCGUGGUGGACGCAACACUGGAGGUCACGGAGGAAACCGUGGCUUUGGUGGAGGUGGCUUUGGUGGCAACUUCUACAGCAACGACGGCUACGGAGGAAAUUACAGCCACUCUGGUAGUGUGGAUUGGUGGGGCAACUAGUCGCCAUAGGAAUAGGUUGCCAUGCCAACCCGACCCAAUGGAAACCACAUGUUAACUUAAAGCCAGACCAUAACAACCCUCCCUGUGUAGCUUCACUGACACACAGUACAUUACCAACCCUGGUUCUCUGCCAUUCGCUUCUCUCAAAAAGGAAGUGCAGCACGACGCAAAGGAAAGUCACCAGCACGUGCAACGCACCGCGGAGACCGCCGCAGAGAUUCGCACACCUCAGAGUGAGCAUGGAUGCUGACGUGCAUCGUCCGAUAGCAACUUCGGACUUUCAUUGUUAAAAGUAUUUUUGUUCUUUUUUGUGGAAGGAAGAAAAAAAAAACCCAAUCGAAUAACCUGAGGAUCAUUUGUAUGUUAAUGUACUGUGCCUUUGGAAUUUAGACAGGAAAUCUGUGUUUUUCAUUUCACCAGAUGAACAUGGCCAAGAGCUCUAAAUUUGAUUUUACGAUUUUGUUUGGUGAAAAUAAAAAAUAUAUAUAUAUAUUAGAAAGGUAAAACAUAAGCUUGGACUUGAUCAAACCUUGGCAAACACUGGGGUAUUGUGGCUCUGAGUCAUGAUUCCAUUUGAACUUCAAAUUUAUCGCAGGAACAUCAUGUAGCCUUUUCUAUACUCAAACAGCUAAUGGAGCCAUUACUAUGUCUAAUACAAACUGGGCCACUCUGUGAAGCAUUUUAAUCCGAAGGGACAAAGUUACAUUUUGUUUUUCGUUUUUCUUUUUUUUGCUCACUCUAUCCUGGACAGGCUCCUUUUUAUGGAUACGAUAGUCUUUGAAAUAGCCAUUCCUAUUGUAAUCUUAAGAAACACAUAAAGUCAUUAAGCUCAGUGCCAACGAUGGCCGAGGUUUAAACGAGUAAAAUCACUGCUGGAAACUUGUUACUCCACAUUUCUCAAAUUUGACUUGACAGUGUUACGGCAGCUAGUGUGUUACCAAGUGCUAGCUACGUUAAGUGGGCGGUGUUUUUUGUUUAUUUUUACUUGAGACGUUUUUUUUUUGGUGCAGGUGUGUGCGAAAAUCGAAGAACUGAGUCAGUUUUUUGAUUUGUGAAUCGUUUCUCUGCAAAUGUGCAUCAAAAACAAAAAAUGCCUGCCAUCUUGAAAGUGAAGUUCAAAAUGGCUGCAUAAAGGACCACAGCAUCGGGAGGGCACAGCGUGGUGUUGGCGGUUUACAGAAUCAACCGGCAAAAAUAAGAAAAAGAAACCACGAGGCCCGGAUGGUAUUCUACGCUUGCAAGUGUUUUGUUUUUUGGUCAAGGAGGAAAGACACGUGAACUGAGUCGCAGGCUUAACUUAAUUACAAACGUUUUCUCUUUUCAAGCUGCGUUGGAGGCAUGGUUCAUCUUAAAGAGACAGGAAUGAUCACUGAGGUUUAUCAAUUUAAACGGCGAGGAAGCGGCGGCGCGGGGUAGAGCAGCACUUCCACCACCGGGGGUUUUAUGGGAACGGGGUUUUCAGUGCACCGCCGUCGUCCGCGGCUUUGGGCUCCAUCGCUGCGUCGUGAAACUGUGGAGGUGGCCAAAGACGGGGGAGUGUCCACUUCCUUAUUUAAGUACUGUCAGGUCCUCUGGGAGUUCAUCUGCUCCGACGUGAAUAAAAGUAAACAAAAAAAAAAAAAAAAAAAAAUCUGUGGCUUCGCGGAGCCAGAGCCGGCUUUUCCUCUCAAAGAGGAGCAGCCAUCGAGAAGAGGAGGAGAGACGGGGGUGUUUUUUUAACCUCAAAAUGCUCCCAAUUUUCUCAUCAUCGGGUGUGUCGUGCCUUGAAACCUUUUUUUUUUUUUUUUUUUUUUUUUUUUUUUUUUUUUUUUUUUUAAAUCGAACUAAAAGCGGAUGCACUGACAGUGUUGAGAACUUGAGAUUGAAUGGUGCUACUUGAUUUAGGUGUGUAGGCCCGUGUACGUCGUGCCCAUCAAGUUUUACAAAAGUUCUUUUAUUGCACAUCUAGAGUUUUAUAUAGAUGUCUUGGAUAUGUGUCCUUAAGCUUCCAAAUAUUGUGUGUGAGGAGAUUGUGAAAAAAAACGCAGCUUGUUUACAAAGGGGACGGGUUCUCAACGUUUAAACCAGGAUUUAUUUGGGACCAGGGGAUUUAGCAGUCGGGGGAAUUUAGCCAUUUGCACAGAUUUCUAGAUUCUACUUUUGCUGCUAGUUUUGUGUAAUUUAUUAAGCAUUUUUGACAAAUAUUUAUUUUUGUAAGCCUCAAAGUGAUUCUUUGAAAGUUUCAGAAACUUGACCAAAAGACAGUACAAAAAACACUGGCACUUGAAUGUUGAAUGUCACCUGUAUGCGUGAAAUUUAUAUAUUUCGGGGUAGUGUGAGCUUUUUAAUGUUUAAGAUACAUUGGACUCAGUAAAUAAUAUCCACAGCUGUUUCAGGGCCUCCUCAGGGCCGGUCAUCUCGAUUUAGAUUCUACCAAUUGGUCAACGAAAUUUGAAAUGGAAUUGAAACAAACAUGCCAAGGUUUGGACUAAAGCUGUCAAACGAGCAAACAAAAAAAGAAAUUCUUGAAGCAUAUCAGUGCUGAAGUGUUCAGAUUCUCCAGUUGUGUGCAUUAUUGAUUCUUUACUCUAAUUUGACCUGAUGAUAAUUGUUUUUCUCCAGUGAAUGUCUGGCACAUGGCAAUCCUUAAAGAAACAAACAUGUGGUUUAUUCUCAUUGUUGUAUUUGCAUAUAUGACCCCUCUGGAGUUCUCCCCGGGUGUGGAGCACGUCUGCAGCCGUGGUUUCCGAGGCAGCUGUUUGAACGCGAGGUUUCUGUCCGCGGGCCGAACCUCGAGAGACCUGUUCCACACCCCCACCCCCCCGAGAACCCCAGAGCUCUUUAGACGUAGACUUUGCUUUCUGUAUUAGCUUCUAGGCUCCUGCACUGCAUGGGAAAUACUCAGCUGUGCAAAAAUUGUAUGAUUUUACCAAAAUAAAAAUGUUUUGAAUGCAAAAAAAAAAGUAUCUGGAAAAAUCAAGCAUGUUUCAUGAAGAGUUGUUUACUGUAGAUGUGCAGAGAAGACCUGUAGCAGCGGCCUGUUGCCUCCUGUGGAUUACGGGGCGGGCGGGCGGCAAAAUUCAAUUUGGUAUAGAUUGGAUGGGCUUCUUUUCUUUUGGAAAAAAAUAUAUAAAGAUUUCAUUUGUAAAUUCA